AUGUCCAAGUACGGAAGGUUUCUCCUUCCCGGCGCCCUGCACCAGACGCGCAACUUUGACGCAAACCACGAUGCAGCUGGCAUCGGAGUAGCAGAGCGCAAACUGCAACUUCCUGUGAAUCUGCACAACUUUUUUGCAAACGACGAUGCAGCUGGCAUCGGAGUAGCAGAGCUCAAACUGCAGCACAACUUUUUUGCAAACGACGAUGCAGCUGGCAUCGGAGUAGCAGAGCUCAAACUGCAGUGUCUUCCUGUGAAGCUGCGGCCUGAAUCGGACGCAAUUGGAGCAGACGAACUCAGAUGUUUUGCAGGGGCGCAAAGCUUUGAGGAAAACACAGCGGAUUUGUGGGGUGGGACCCAGGAAUUCAGGGCAGGGAGCGAGUUCUCACUGACACAGUUGCAGCUGCAAACCGUGCUAUUCUGGAUCUCAGCUUUGGCGUUGAUGGACCAUGCGGGGGUUCCCCAGAGACGUGUGCCAUCUUUGAUGGAUGUGACGGGUGUGGAUGAAGGACCUUCCGACGUCCUUGCGGCGCGUCGGAUGGCGGGGCAAGAGCUGAGCAAUGUCCUUGCGGCGCGUCGGAUGGUGGGGCAAGAACUGAGCAAUGUUUCUCCCUCCCGGCGCCCUGCACCAGAUGACGUGAUUUUCAACGGUGUCGAGCUUAAUGCGGAUGGAACGGAUCAUCGCUUUUAUGAAGACAGAUUUCACGAAUUCAGCACUGGGCCACACUGGAAGGAGCAAAGCAAACUUGCUACAGGGAAGAACGAUCUUGAGAAAAUCAAGUUGAAAAGGUGUCAGCCGGAGACGGAGAUCUUGGGAUCUGUGGCCUUUCCUGAGGAAAACACAGCGGAUUUGUGGGGAGAGUGGGACCCAGGAAUUCAGGGCAGGAUGGACCAUGCGGGGGUUCCCAAGAGCACGGACGUGUGCCAUCUUUGGGUGACGGAUGUGACGGGUGUGACGGGUAGAAUGAUUCAGGACGAGGUGUGUCAGCAGCAGCACUGUGAGCCUAGGUCCUUGCGGCGCGGUUCUUCUGAAGCUGAUGGAAAGGGCGCUGUCAAAAGAUUGCAGCCUUUUCAAGCCAAGCCCUUCAAUGACCGAUGGAUCCGAUGGGAAAUGGAAGGCCCCACAGAUGAUUUUGGAUAG